AGUAAACUAACCACAAUUUUGAGAACUGAGCUGCAGAGCAGAGAAGAUCAUCUUGGAAAUUUGAAGAUGAAGUACUUUCUUCUGCCAACUCAUUUAGCAUUUCUCUGUAGCUUUGCACUAAGUAAACCCGUCCAGAUAGCUACAAGAAAGAAUGACUUAGGUAGUGAAAUAGCUGUGUAUGAAGGAGACAUCCUCUUGAGAAGAGGGCGACGCAGUGCAAUUAACUGUGAGAGUUGUUUAUGGCCCAAGUCACAAGAUGGACUGGUCAAGGUUCCAGUUAACAUCUCUUCUGAUUUCUCAAUAACAGAGAGGUCUUGGAUUGCUGAUGCUUUGCAAGAGAUCUCCACACUGACCUGUGUGCAAUUUGUAAAUCGCACUACAGAAAAAGACUAUGUUUAUGUUGAACGAGGGCAGAGCUGCUGGUCUUACUUUGGAAAGAUUGGAGGACGUCAAGCAGUAGGCCUGGUGAAAAAUGGCUGCAUGGAUAAAGGAGCAAUUCAGCAUGAAAUGAACCAUGCACUGGGUUUCAUCCAUGAACAGGCACGGAGUGAUCGGGACAGGUUUGUCAAGAUUAUGUGGGAGCACAUAAUGGCAGGGGAACAAGGGAACUUUGGAAAAAUGAAUUCCAAAAACCUGGGCCUUCCCUAUGACUACUCUUCAGUGAUGCACUAUGGCGCGUACGAUUUCUCCAGCACUCCAGGAAAACCAACUAUUGUACCAGUUCCUGACCCCUCUAUACCUAUUGGGCAGAGAGAAGGGCUGAGUAACUUGGAUGUAGCUAAAAUCAACAAGCUCUACAAGUGCAAUUGCUGCAGCUCUGUGUUGCCUAAACCCAAAGGCUCGUUCUCCUCUGUCAAUUACCCAUCUCCAUACCCGAACAAUACCAACUGUCUGUGGCUGAUCCGCAUCCGUCGAAGUAAGAUUUUCCUGCAGUUUGAGGCUUUUGAUCUCCAACGUUCCUCAGACUGUUCUUCUGACUACAUAAAGAUUUACAAUGGGAACAGCAAGAGCUCCCCUGUCUUGCUGGACAAGUACUGUGGGAAGGGUCCCCUGCCCUCCUUAGUGGCAUCUGGACCGACAAUGCUGGUAGAGUUUGCGAGCGAUGAGAGCAUUACAGCCACAGGAUUCAGAGCCUCCUACAACAGGGUGAAUUGUGGAGCCACUUUCAGAGAUUCAAAGGGAGUCAUCACCUCUCCAAACUACCCCAAUAAAUACCCCAAAAACCGAGCAUGUUUCUGGGUCAUCACUUCUCCAGUAGGAUACAAGAUAUCUCUCAAAAUGUUGUCCUUUGAGGUGGAAUAUAGUGACAGAUGCAUCUAUGACUACUUGCUCAUACAUGAUGGAAGCCGCCCCACGUCACCUGCAGUUGGUCCUUAUUGUGGGACAGAGAAGGUUGCAGACUUUACUUCCACUGGGAACUUUGUGCUGGUUGAAUUCCACAGUGAUUUAGUGUGGGAGUUGCCUGGAUUUGUGAUGAGUUAUACAUUUGCUAGGUAAGUACAAUAUAGAUGGGGUUUGAAAAACACAGAAUGAGAGUAAGAGUCCAGCUAGCCACACAUAAAAGUCAAGAUGCCACCAAUUUCAGGAAAAAAAUAUAGUCCAAUACCUUUAACAAGCAUGAGGUUUGACCUCUUAGUCUUGCAUCUAGAGUGGUGUAAUUUCAAUGGUGAAUCAAGGACAGAAAUGUUCCUGCCCAUGGGAUGCUUUUGUCUGAGACUGUAUGCUUUUUAUUAUAGUAUUCUCAUUUCUGGUGUUGCAUGGCCAAACACAAUAGCAGAACUGAAACUAUGUAAGCAGAUUUUCAAGAACUUCUAGUGGUAGAAACUGUGCCAAAAAAAAAAAAAAAAAAAAAAAAAAAAAAAAAAAAAAAAAAAAAUCAGAACAUGGCUAUGUAGCAACUUUAAUCUGCAUUCUGGCAAAUGCUAUUACCCAGCCUUAAUGUGCAUUCCAGGAUGCAUGCAGAAAAAUCUUCAGACACAUUUAUUUACAUUUUGAAGCUAAGCUCACUCACACAAUUCAUACAGGCACCAGAGCUUAGCCUGGAAAUCACCACUUGACACUGAACAAGUGGUGUCAUAGUACAGUAUGACAUAGAGUACCUCAACUCAAAGAUUUGCACUACUCCUCUGUGAGAUGGACCAGGUCAGAGAACAGAUUUAAUCAAGACAUGUAUUGAAAUUGUCCAUAAGGUGUUACCAAAACAUUUUUUUAAAAUGAGGCCUGAAAACAAAAGACCACAGAAUAUUCUCUUUGGAGAGCAUUUUAGGUGUGAAGCACCUUGCCUGUAAAGAGAAAUCCUCCUCGGAGGAGGAGAUGGCUGGAGUGGAUAAAGAAAUCACCACUAUAAACAUCUAACACUUUGCCUUGACUUGAUAUAUUCAGAAUUAAAUGCUAAUGCCAAACUGGGAGAUGCCAAAACAUAAUGAAUAAUAAAAGGUUUUGCUGAAAUUAUGUCUUUGUGAAGAAGAGUGUGGAGAAAUUGCCAAUUUGCUUUCCUGGUGCAGCCAAGAAAAUUUUGAAUUAUGAUGGCUUUGUAGCAGUGUGGGAGAGGGGUUUAAGAUCUGUAAUGUUCUGCUUUAAAGCACUGGUUAAUUAUCAGAAGAAUGAUAAUUGGUAAGUUGGGGACAUCAGAGUUUAGAGCUUGCUUGCAUCAUGGUGGGAAAGUGCAUGCACAGCAGGCAGCAAAUAUUUGUAUUCCUUACAAGCUCCAAUCUUCUGGCUAUAAAAAGUAUUCCUUCAGUUAAUUUGGCUCACUAUUUAGAUUGACAUAUUUUUGGAGAAUGUAACCAUUUCAUCAGCAUGACAGAAAAUUAAACUCUACUUCUAUUUUUAAGCUCAGCUUCAGACUGUAAAAAUGCUAAUUCUUCUCCUUGAGUCUGAGGACUUUGAUGGAGGUGCAAAAGUAACAACCCUGUGACAACUCUCAUUCUGUAACAAAGUUGAACGGGUCCCUGUUUUAAAAGACAAUGCUGAACAGCUUUGUAACUUGAGUCUUACCUUAGGUUCCCUUCCCUUGGUCUGAUGUGGAGCUCUAAAUACCUGCAAUGUUUUAGAUGUUCACCCAUAUUUGCUAGAAGAGCAUGAACAGCAUAUUCCAAAAGCAAUAUACCACAUACAGGAAUACUUGUCUUGCAAUGUGUCCCUAGAAACAUGGUUCUAAGUAGGACAUUGCCCAUGUAUAAAUACACUCAUAUUCUGAACUAUAGGACGGAACAGUAACCAGCUAGUAGACACAAGGGACAGUAUAGUCAAAAGUUUAGGAUUCAAAUAUCACAAUAGGAGAAUUUUCAGAAGUUCUAAUUAAAAUUCAGCACUCACUUAACACACUUUUGAAGUCCAAAAUGUAAGAAUUUAACCUUAAAACACAGAGGUAUCUAGCAGUGAUGAAUAUAUGCAUUCUCAUAAAUGUGCAUAACUCAUGACAGUAACAGAUAUUACCUUACAUGCAUACAAAACUAGACGUUUUUAAAGAGAGACCCACUUCCACAAGCCUGUGUGUAACAAAUAAGGAUGUGUGUCCACAUAUUUCUUUUUCACCUGCUUUGAGACUGUCCUGGUUCCUACCUGGGAGGCAAAUCAGAGAGUGCUAUUCUUUUGUAAGAACCAGAACAGAGAUCUGUCAAUUAUUGCUGCAGGAGAAAAAACAGCCUGGAAUAAAGCAUUACAGAAGCACACAAAAAUGUACUACUCAUAGGUCUAUUUU